UCCGGCUUGUGUGUGGGUGAGAGUUGCUUUUCGAAACACUGGUGCCAUCGGUCCCGACCCGUGCUGGAGAAAAAUAUAAAAUUGUGCCUUCAACUUGCUGAACCUGCCCUGACGUGAUAUUUUGAUGCAGUAUUUUGCAUCAGUAGCUAUAGCUAAAUAUUAACUCUAACUUAUGCUGCUCACGAUUUCUCCCUAUGUCUGACGAAGGAAGCGACAGCGCCGAGCUAGCAGAGCUCCGGUGCUCUCCCUCCCCAUCUCCACCCGGGCCCCCCGGAACCCCUUCUCCUCCACUGCCGCCAGACCUCUCCUCCAGUCCCCCGGUACUUCGAGACCCAGCCCCGUUACCCCAGGACUGCCUCCGCCCGUCUCCAGAGCGCUGCAAACCCGGGGACUCCCCGCGCUGUACCCUGCCAAAGUUAACCCAGCGCCUGACGAAGACGGGCUCUCAGUUCCGCCAGAGACAGAAUGCGCGCUUAACAGCUGCGGCGGACAACGGGCGCGAUGCCCCCUCUCCAAAGCGCAGAGGAGACGGAGACACCACCUCGGCAACGUUUCAGGACCUCGGACAGCAACUCCCCCGCGGACAGGACCAAGAGAAUUACCACUGCACUAAUCAGCUCCUAGAGCCCCAGCGAGACAGCAGUGAGACCCAGCCACCAGUGGAAGCAAUGCACCGGAGACACACCACGCUGAGGGAGAAGGGGCGGCGCCAGGCUGUGCGAGGCCCAGCCUACAUGUUUAACGAGCGUGGCUCGGCCCUGACGCCCGAGGAAGAGGGUUUCCUUGACGCUGCCGAGUACGGCAACAUCCCCGUGGUCCGCAAGAUGCUGGAGGAGUCCAAAACCCUCAACUUCAACUGUGUGGACUACAUGGGCCAGAAUGCGUUGCAGCUGGCGGUGGGCAAUGAACACCUGGAAGUGACUGAGCUGUUGCUAAAGAUGGAUGGGCUAGCCAGAGUGGGCGACGGGCUCUUAUUGGCUAUCUCUAAAGGGUAUGUGCGUAUCGUGGAAGCCAUAUUGGCGAACCCGGCGUUCAGCCAAGGGCUGCGGCUCACCCAGAGUCCCCUCGAACAGGAGCUACGGGAUGACGAUUUUUACGCUUACGAUGAAGACGGGACACGCUUUUCCCACGACGUCACCCCAGUCAUCCUAGCAGCACACUGUCAGGAGUAUGAGAUUGUGCAUAUCCUGCUCACCAAGGGGGCCCGCAUCGAGAGGCCUCAUGACUACUUCUGUAAGUGCAAUGAGUGUGUCGAGAAGCAGAAGAGAGACUCAUUCAGCCACUCCCGCUCCAGGAUGAACGCUUAUAAAGGGCUGGCCAGUGCUGCCUACCUGUCCCUGAGCAGUGAAGACCCUGUCCUCACCGCCCUGGAGCUCAGCAACGAACUGGCCAGACUGGCUAACAUAGAGACUGAGUUUAAGAAUGACUACAGGAAGUUGUCCAUGCAGUGUAAGGACUUUGUAGUGGGGGUGUUGGACCAGUGCAGAGACACAGAGGAGGUGGAGGCCAUCUUGAACGGAGACGUGGACAAUGCCCCGCCCAGUGACAACAACCGCCCCUGCCUUGAACGCGUCAAACUGGCCAUCAAAUACGAGGUCAAGAAGUUUGUGGCGCACCCUAACUGCCAGCAGCAGCUGCUGACUAUCUGGUAUGAGAACCUGUCAGGUCUGAGGCAGCAGUCCAUCGGGGUCAAGUGUUGGACCGUGCUAGGGGUCACCGUGGGACUGCCCUUCCUGGCUAUUGCCUACUGGAUCAUGCCCUGCAGCAAGCUGGGUCAGAUCCUGAGAAGUCCCUUCAUGAAGUUUGUGGCCCACGCCGUGUCCUUCACCCUCUUCCUGGGCCUGCUGGUCAUCAACGCCUCAGACCGCUUCGAGGGGGUCAGGAAUCUGCCCAACGAGACCAUCACUGACCACCCUCGCCAGGUGUUCCGGGUCAAGACCACUCAGUUCUCCUGGACCGAAAUGCUCAUCAUGAAAUGCGUGCUGGGUAUGAUCUGGUCGGAGGUCAAGGAGAUCUGGGUGGACGGUCCUAGAGAGUAUGUGAUGCACCUGUGGAAUGUGUUAGACUUCGGCAUGUUGUCUAUCUUUGUGGCUUCGUUCACCGCUCGGUUCAUGGCCUUCCUCAAGGCCUCGAAGGCCCAGCUGUACGUCGACCAGUUUGUCACCGACGAAGACAUCCGCAACGCAUCACUACCUACAGAGGUAGCCUACUACACCUAUGCCAGGAGUAAGUGGCGUCCAUCGGACCCCCAGAUCAUCUCAGAGGGUCUGUAUGCCAUUGCCGUGGUGCUGAGUUUCUCCCGUAUCGCCUACAUCCUGCCAGCCAACGAGAGCUUCGGCCCCCUCCAGAUCUCCCUGGGCCGGACGGUGAAGGACAUCUUCAAGUUCAUGGUGAUCUUCAUCAUGGUGUUCGUGGCCUUCAUGAUCGGCAUGUUCAACCUCUACUCUUAUUACCUAGGAGCCAAGUACAACCCUGCCUUCACCACGGUGGAGGAGAGCUUUAAGACCCUGUUCUGGUCCAUCUUCGGUCUGUCGGAGGUGAUCUCCGUGGUCCUGAAGUAUGACCAUAAGUUCAUAGAGAAUAUUGGUUAUGUGCUGUUCGGGGUCUAUAACGUCACUAUGGUGGUGGUUCUACUCAACAUGCUCAUCGCUAUGAUCAAUAGCUCCUACCAAGAGAUAGAGACAGAUGCAGAUGUAGAGUGGAAGUUUGCCCGUGCCAAGCUGUGGAUGUCCUACUUUGACGAGGGUCGCACUCUGCCCGCUCCUUUCAACAUGGUGCCUUCUCCCAAAUCCUGGUACUACCUGGUCCUCCGCACCAAGGCCUGCAUCGUUCACCUCUGCAAGGCCAAGGGGCGUCGCCAUGACAACGAACUAGAGAUGGGCAUGCUUAUCUCACGACUCAAGGGCAAACGCUACAGGGCCCACGGUCGACCACGAGAGGAGUCCACUCUCAGAAAACCCAUCAAACAUCCCACUAGAUACCAGAAGAUCAUGAAGCGUCUCAUUAAGCGCUAUGUUCUGAAAGCUCAGGUUGACAGGGAGAACGAUGAAGUCAAUGAAGGGGAACUGAAGGAGAUCAAGCAGGACAUCUCCAGCCUGCGCUAUGAGCUCCUGGAGGAGAAGUCUCAGGCCACCGGAGAACUGGCUGACCUCAUCACACAACUCAGUGACACAUUUGUCAAGAACGCCACCAAAAAAAACCUAAGAGAGAGGGGAGAAGGGGUAGGAGAGAGGGGUGGGGGAGGCAUGAAAAUAGAGGGAGAGUGA